AUGAACGAUCUUCGACAACGGCGAAAAGAAGAUCAAUCAUUUAAAUCAACUGAACAACAAGCAAGAGCUUCCAAAACAUCAACUUUUUACAUAUCUGCACGAUAUGUUCUCAUAUUUAGUCUCGUUCUAAUUUCAUCGGUGGCGCUAUUUACAGUUCUAAAUAAAUUCAAAUUUUAUUUUAAUAAUGAGAAUUCAUUUGAUGAGCAAUAUUACCCAUCGGAAACCAUCCAUUUAUUCCGAAAAUACGAUCGAAAUUAUGAUGGUCACUUGUCCUUAGAUGAAUUCGAAGCUCUUGCUUCUCAGUUCAACAAUAAAAAGCAAUCCACAGAUUACAUUCAACCCAUAUUGGGCUCGGAUCAAUUAGUUACUAUCAAUGCGUUUUUUCAACCAUUAAAUUUCUCGACAAUGUCGCAAAAUGUACGCCAUGCAUAUCUCGGUAAUCUAGAUGAACUAUAUUCAUUGAAAUUAUGGACACAACCAUUCAUACCGCGAUUAAAUUUUGCUGCCCGACAUUUCAAAUCGUUUAUACCGAAACGGAUUGAAAUCGGUAAACCCUACUGGAUUAUAGAAGCAACUAAACAACAACGAGAAGAACAUAUUUCAGCGAAUCGAUAUUACCCACCAGAUGUUGAAGAUGAUCAGGUGAUUUUCCAUCGUCUAUUAAGCAUGUUUCAUGUACGUCCAUUUAUUCUCUCACGAUUUCCACCACAAGGCACAGCUGCAGUAGUUCGUGCUCGAUAUGGACCUUUCCUUGACAUCUAUUUUCGAAUUCAUGCGGAAUAUCAACUGAAUACUCCGCCUUAUCAUCCAUUUUGGUUCACUCCGGGUCAGCUUCAAGGUCGUCUGAUUAUUCGUGAAGAUGCUUCGGAAUUGACCUACUUUCACAUGUACCUGCCGACUGAAAAACGAUUAAACAUCGAUAUGGAAUGGUUGACAAAUGUCGGUGGUUCAGCACCUUCGAUGGAAGUAGAUAUCGGAUAUAUGCCUCAAAUGGAAUUGCGUUCAGCUGCACCAUCGAUCGAUAUGAAUGAAACUAAAACAUCGUCUGAACAUUUUGUUUCUGCUGUAACUGAUGAAAUGUAUGAAAAACUGUUGAAAUCCUUCAAUUGGAUGACUGACGAGUUCCUCGAUGAAAAAAGUACAUACGAUUUACUCGAACGAUUUUUUUAUCCAUUCAAAGAGAUUCCUUAUUAUGAAUACUGUUCUGGCCGGACUUUACGAGAAACAGUUCUCGAAAGUUCGGCCGUUCUACAUUUGUUGCGUGAACAUUUCGUAUCAACAUGGGCAUUAGUAGUCGAUUUAAAAGCUAUUAUCUCCAAUCAAACCAAUGAAACCAUCCAAGAUUCCCAACGUGCCAAACAAGCCCUUGAUAAUUAUGCUUUUCCGGUCGAAUCAAUAAUUCAACAACCGGACGAACAGUUUCUUAACAUAAUUUCUGAUGGAACAGAUCUUCCAACGAAACGUUACAUACACUUUCUUGAACAGGCUGUAAAUCGACAAAACUAA